ACGUGUAUAAAUACAACACACUUGACUCAUUUGUUUUAAUAAGUGUCCACUCGAAAGGAAAGGAGAGUCAACAUGCGUCUCCUCUGGUCCGUCAGCGUACUUCUCCUCUGCUCUGUUCUCGGAUUACCUGCCAAUUAUAACAAAACGGGAAACUCUACAAGCUCUGAUGAUUUUCCAACUAAUAGAACGUACAACUUCACCCAUAAUCGAUUAAUGCAAUCACCCUACUGUAUAUUACCCACAUGCCAUUUACAUACGGUGGAUGAGAACUUUCAGAAAGGGGAUGAAGAGGCAGGCGAGAGAACACACGAUCCACAUGGACCGGGCAAGAAAUGAGAAGCUGAAGCAAGGAUCUGAAGAAAUCAUCACUAAUGCUGUUAACGUGAACCUAGUAACCAUGAAAGUUCUACAUAUUUGCAGACGUGAAUAGCCACUACAGCACCAGUCAAUCAUGAUUAUUCUUUUUUAUUGUCAUUGGUUUAGUAAUGAAGUUUAGAGAGGAGACUAAAAGAGCCUGAUGGCAAAUGAGAUGUUGUUCAGUGGAAAGUUCUAGCAAGCUUCUGGUUGCUUCUGGUCUGAAAAGUUAUAGCAAGCUGCACAAACACAAAAAAUUCAAUGUAAAAAGAAUCUGAAAUAAAUUUUGAAAUGUUUUUGA